AUGAAUCACCACGCCAUUCUAAUGGUUUUUUGUCUUCUUCAAGUCGUUUCCUUCUCCAAAUCCGCGCCGUUGUCAACGAACUCCCGAUGGAUAGUCGACAGCGCGAGCGGGAAGCGCGUGAAGCUGGCGUGCGUGAACUGGCCUUCGCACUUGGAGCCGAUGAUUGCAGAGGGCUUAGACAAGAAACCGAUCGACGAUAUAAUACAAAAGAUAGGUGAAAAUGGGUUCAACUGCGUUAGGUUUACGUGGCCGACGUAUAUGUUCACGAGGCCGGAUUACGGCAACCUUAGGGUUUCUGAAUCCUUGGAUAUAUACAACCUUACGGCCGCGAAAGACGGGAUUGCCAAAAACAAUCCUCAGAUCCUGAGAAUGACGGUGGUGGAGCUUCACAAGGCGGUGGUUGGUGAGCUCGGGAAGAAGAAGUUGAUGGUGGUGCUCGAUAACCACGUUAGCCGGCCGACGUGGUGCUGUGCCGGAAACGAUGGGAAUGGGUUUUUUGGGGAUGCUUACUUUGACCCUAAGGAGUGGUUGCAAGGCCUAGCUGCGGUGGCCACAGCAUAUAAGGGCUUUCCUCAGGUUGUGGGCAUGAGCUUGAGAAACGAGCUACGAGGCGGCCGACAGAACGAGCCGGACUGGUACAAGUAUAUGCAAGAAGGAGCCAACACAAUCCACGCACAAAACCCUGAUUUGCUAGUCAUCGUCUCCGGUCUAUACACGGCCACCAACCUCGGGUAUCUCAGGUCGAAGGCAUUCCAAGUUAACUUCGCCAACAAAUUAGUGUUCGAGGCACACUGGUACACAUUCGGCAUCCCUGACAAAGCCUGGACUGACCAAACCAACAAUCUAUGUGCAACUGUCACCAAAAGGGCACGAGACAAUUACCUCUUCUUGACUAGUGCCAAAAACUCUUUUCCUGUUUUUAUUAGUGAAUUUGGGAUUGAUGAGAGAGGUGGGAGUGUUGCCGGCAACAGAUACAUAACUUGUUUCUUGGCUGCUGUGGCUGACUUCGAUGUCGACUGGGCUUUGUGGACUUUGCAAGGAAGCUACAUACUUAGGCAGGGCAAAGUUAAUCUUGAUGAAUCUUAUGGGAUUCUUGAUAUUAAUUGGGAUCGUCUGAGGAACCCUGGUUUUGUUAGCAGGUUGCAACUUGUUCAACAGAUCAAUCAAGAUUUCACAUCAGAGAAACCAACAUAUUACAAAAUGUUUCAUCCUUUAAGUGGGCAAUGUGUGCAAAUUGUGAAGGAUGAGAUAGUUCUAGCUAACUGCAACCAUGCAAGCCGGUGGGAUCAACACCAAGAUGACAGCCCUAUAAAGUUGGAGGGGGCUGCAGGGUGCCUCGGUCUGGUCAGAGACGGGGCAGCGCCUCGUGUAUCGGAGGACUGUUCCAGCAAGUGGAAGAUUGUGUCAAGCUCAGGUCUUCAUUUGGCGGCCCAAGAUGGGAAAGGGGAAUAUUUGUGCUUGGAAAUGAAUGCUUCGGAUUCUAGGAUUGUGACAAAGAAAUGUUUGUGUGUUGGAAAUGAUCUUAGUAAUUUACGCACAUGUGCUGACAAUCCUCAGUCACAAUGGUUUAAAUUUGUACCAGCAAAUGUUUGA